AUGGCUGCGACAAGGCCCGUUCGGCCGAAACCCCUGGAUUGGCCGGGCCCCUCACAUUUGGAUGUGUUUAUUCGCAAUCUGAAGCUAUUGCAUCUGGAUCAACGCGAGGAUUGGCCCGGUAUAUCUCUCCGCACAUUGACAUCGACAUCACAGAACCAACGACAACGAAUCAGACUGAUAGAAUGGGCUCUUUACAACCUCUACACCAUUUGGGAUUCGGAGGGUGCCCAAAAUAAACUCCGACCCUUCUUCCCUCCAUUAGAGCCUCUACAGUCUGUCAACCUCCGCGCGGCGUUGUUUCGGUGUCUGGGCGAAUUAAAGAAGAAUGGCGAUCUGGGAAGGGAGAUUAUCCUUCGCAAAACCAUGCUGGAUGAUUGCAAAGGUGAUAAAUUUGAGGAGCUGCUUGCUGGCUUCUCUACCGCCGUUCUCCGUAGAGUUGUGGCGGUGUCUGCGGACGACAUGCUUUGGAAGCCUACCAUGAAACUUUCGACUGCCAUAGCCAUAACCCCAACCGACUAUAAAAAUCUCCUGCCGCUCAUUCUUGCCCACCAGGUAUCUCUCGGUUCUGUUGGAGAACGCCAUAUCCGAGUUCGAGAUGCGUAUCAUCGGUUCUCACAGCUGCUAGACGAUAAAAUGGUCGAGUUUACUGAACGUGCAAAUGAAGAAUCAGCUGAUUGCAUGAACGAUAUGCAGAGCGACUCCGAGAUCUUGAUGCGUGAGCUACAAGCAAAUUGGCUGGGCAGCGAGGAAUGGGCCACUGCACUGCUCGAAGGCGGAUCACAAAGCAGCACUGACGCUUUUCUGGAACUCCCUUUCUCAACGGCAUGGAUUCAGGCGACUGACUCAAACGUCGACGAGUUCAGCAGUGGGUUAAAGCAGGACCUAGUCCUUGAUUUAGAGGCUCGGGUUCUACUCCAACGAAGUCGACUACGCAAGUGGCAUGAAUACAACAAGUCCCUCUCUAAGGAGAGAGACAUUGAUGAAAUUAGCACAGCCUUACCUAAGGAAUCACGUGUGCUAUUCCGGGAUCACCAGUCUCUCACAGUUGCUAGUAUAUCCAAAGCUGUUCGUCAGCCUGGGGAUCGCGGGCGGACGUUGAAAGGGCCAGAGAAAUAUCUCUUAUCCUCUGUAAAUGAGGCCAUAUCCCGUAUCAACGGCAAACCCCGCGUCAAGCCUGAAAUAUUUACCCCGGAGGUAAAAACGAGCAGCAAAUUACAAUUCAGAAGCUCGUCGGGCAUCACCAGUUCACCAUCAACAGAAGCAGAAGACUACCACGCCGCAGGUCAUCUGUUAGGCCUGGAAACCCCAGAGCUCCACCCAGAAUCAGAGCAUAUUCAACCCUCGUCUCCGGUUGUUCGGCUCUCCCCAAGCCUCCCCUCAUCAGAUAAGGAACCAGCCCCAGAACCCCUCAAGCACAACCACACCUUAGCCGAGCGCACGCGCAGAUCGAUGUCUCUCCUCCCACCCGUAGCCCAUGAAGCAUCCCGGCCACGCCGCAGACCCCGCCCGUCCUUCCCAGUCAACCAGUUCGUGACUCCGCGGAAGACCUCCGCGCACUCGGCUUGCUCGAGGGAUGAGCUCUCACGCGCUUCGACGCCGCAGGAUCAGCUCUUUGCGGAAGACGCUGAGUACGCGAGUGUCUUCAAGUCGCGACCACGCGUGGCGCUUAGUCCUAUUUCGUCACCAGCUGUGCAUGUCAGCCCUUCUUUUGAGGAGGAGAGUUUUGAAUUAGAUUGCGAGGACGGUGAUGAGAGUGAGGGUUGUGAAUGGGGGGAUGUUGAUUCGCCUUUGACUGGUCCGCGGUUGAGGGGCUAG